AGAGUCCUAACACCUUGUAUAUUGAAAGUGACGUGAUAUACAGCGUGAAUUUGUGCUCUGCUUUUAACCCAUCCAAAGUGCACACACACACACACACAUUUGGAGCAGUGGGCAGCCAUUUAUGCUGUGGCGUUAGGGGUUCGGUGCCUUGCUCAAGGGCACCUCAGUUGUGGUAUUGAGAGUGGAGAGAGCACUGUAUAUUCACUCCCCCCAUGUACAAUUCCUGCCAGCCUGAGACUUGAACUUGCAACCCUUGGAUUGCAAGUCCAAAACUCUUAACCAUUAGGCCACGACUGCCUCAUGCAAACUCUUGGGCAAUAUGACUCAAACAAGCACCAUGCUGCAAACAAACUCAUUUAAACUGGACUUCCAAAUAUCACCUUAUAGUAAAUAAUGAAAUGAAAUCAUGGCAUGCACAAGUUGAACCUGUAUCUCUCAUUUUUUUGCAUGCUCUUUUUGGAAGCUACUUUAUCCCCUUUUUAUCCAGUACAGUAUGAAUCCUUGCUGAGCUCAAGUUUAAGCACAAUUUCCUCUGUUGUGUUGACUGUCCUGUGGUGAUGGAAUUACAGUGUAAUGUAGAAUAUUAAAGGAGCUAAGGGCUGCAUUUGUAUAUCCGACCAUAUAAUUCAGUGGAAGCGCAAUCAUAUGCUCAAUUUUGAAGCUGAUGGCAAGUGAUCUAAGCAAGGAAGACAGGAGGCUUGGGUUGUAAUAUAUUAUUCAUACUAAUGAACUUGGCCUUGCAAUUGACAGCUACAUAUAGAUGUUAUAGCAUUCAUGAUUGAUGUUUAAUGGCCAUUACUGUAGAGUUGUGUGCAUGCUGACAAUCUGACACAGGUCUCCCGAAUAUUUGUCAAGUUUAAGAAUGGAGAUAGAGGGAGAAAAUAAUUUUAGAUGUGGACUGAAAUGACAAAAAAACAGAGCAAUUAAUAUUUCUUGUAAAUCAAAUUGGACAAAUGGAUGAAUGUAUUUCAGGUCUUUUUUGCCCAGCACUGCUAUUAUCCAAAUGAGACUGGACUGGAGAUAUUAAAAAGCUCUGGAUUAGAGACAUUGUGACUAUUCCUGCAGAUGACCAUUAAAUCUGAAAAGCAGAAGUUACUAACAACGUUACCUGUUUUGUGUCUAGAUCCAUGCUUUCUAGUGGACGUUCGUGGAUUUGUAAGACUUUGAGAAGCGGUUUUUGAAACUCUUGAGGGUGGAUUGGAGCGGGAUUCUCGAGCAGCGGCAAUUAAAAAAACCCGGAAUGGAAUAUGUAACUGUUAUGUGAUGGGAAUGUGAAUAGUGAUAAUCUCUUCAGCUCCGCGCCAUUCAAAGAAGAGAUUCCAGACCUUUCCUGGUCUUCAGGUCUUCAGGUUAAGAAAUACACCAAUCAACUUGACUGUGUUCAUUUAAAUUUCUUCUUUGAAACUUUAUUUACUCGGUAUCAUGUACUUUAAUUGUAUGCACCAUAAACAGUGCACAAUAUCGUUUGUUUAUUAAACAGUAAUCAUCAUUGCUGUUUAAGUUAGACCGUCGACAUCUACCCUAUAUUUUCACUUUGUAUCCCUCCAAUAAUUUAAGUAAUUUCUGAGUGACCUUUUUGAGCUGUUUAUGGCCAGUAAACAGCGCCAGCCUAAUAAAACAGUCAUGAAUCCGCGCGCGCGUCAAGCUGAACCACAUGUGUGCGCGCGGAGGAGCAGCGCUUAGAACCGCACAUCUAGGACUGGAGACCGCUUCACGUGUAGCUUCAACGACAACGAGAGGUCUGUGCGAAUACAGUCCACCUACAAUCUUACGGAGCAACGAUGCACCUUUACGCAGACUGCAUUUGGCGUUCGGCGAGGAGCACGGUGAAGCGAGCGCGCAGCACGCACUGCUGAGAUGAUGAUGAGGGAAGCUAUGAGAGGUUACGAGGAGAAAGGGUCAGCGGUAAGCUCGAGCUCGAAGAGCACACGUUAUGCUGAGAGCUGCCAAAUGGAUGCUGUUGGGAAAUGACGGGGUUUGAGCUCCAGAGCUGUGUGUGUAGGAAUACUGUGGAGCGUUGAGGACUGUUCCCCAAUGGAAUGCAGAAAAGACAGCGCAACUGCCGCAGUGAAUGAAGUUGGCUGGUUGAUCCAUUCAUUAACGCAUGAUACUAACGGUAUACUUAACCAAAAGAGAUAACAACAUGCAUCAGAAGAGAGAAGAUCUGUAAACAAACUCUUAUUCAUGUGAACAUCCGCGAAGUGCGUUUUCGUCGGCGGGGGAGAUUUCAGCACAAAAGGCGCACGCUCGUAACUCACGUUAUUGUUUUGAUCUGUUGAGCAGUUUUCCAAGUGUCUCCGUGAUCCCUGGUGUUCGUCAGCGGUCCUGAUCGGCGCGGGAUGGUGGAAACGCUGAGCAUCGCCGUCAUCGGAGCGCCUGGAGUCGGGAAAACUUCCAUCAUCCGUCAGUUUAUUUACAAUGACUUCUCCGACACUUACACCCCCACCCAAACGCGAUACGUGUACAGACCCUCGGUCAUUCUUAACGGUGUCAUGUACGACCUGAAGAUUUUGGAUGUCCCGCCAAUUUCCUCCUUUCCUUCAAGCCCGAGUCAGGAGUGGCUGGAUGCACGGUGUAGAGGGGUCCGCAGCGCAAACGCCUACAUUCUGGUCUAUGACAUCUGCUGUGUGGAGAGCUUUGAGUAUGUCAAGAUGAUCCGACAGCAAAUUGUGGAUAACAGAGUGGGCAGCAGUAGUGAGGUGCCCAUCCUGGUGGUGGGCAGUAAGCGGGACCUUCAGCGGCAUCGGUUCACCCAGCGCAGGGCCGUGUCUGUCCUGGUGAAGAAAACCUGGAAGUGUGGCUAUGUUGAGUGCUCGGCUAAGUACAACUGGCAUGUGCUUCUGCUCUUUAAAGAGCUCCUGGGAAUAGCCGUGGCACGGGGACUGCGUCCGAACCACACCUCUAUCCGACUCCAAGGGGCAUUGCAGAGGAACCGCUGUAAUGUCAUGUGAGAGAUAUGUAGCCUUUUUUGAAUUUAUGCUUAUUUAGGACCAGUUUGUUUUAUCAGUGUCUUAAUUAUCUGAUUUGAACUGGUCCUAAGUCAGUACUGAACGACAGCUUUGCUGUACCACAAGGAUGGAGCUUUGGAGACAAACUGUUAAUCAAAAUGGCUGGAAUAUUACCACCUAGGGGCCUCUGUAACUGAUGCAUUCAUCUGAUGGAUUACCUUAGGUACUUCUGAUUUCACUUUUCUCCAGUGUACUCUAACAAACAGGAAAAAUGGAAGCAGAUAAGGAUUUUUUUUCAUCUUACAAUGGUCUGUCAGGGUCGGAGUAAGAUAUUGCAUCUGACUCAAACAGAGUAUAAUUUGUUUCCCCUUCUUGCGCAGAUUUAAAUUCAGAUGCUGUGGGUGCAAGUGUGACAGUUUUCAACUGUUGCUUGGAAACAGCUAUUAUAUGAAGGAUGUACUUAUUGUUUAGAGACAAUGAUGAGUGAACGUUUGUUAACCUUUUGGAAUUAUCUGUAGUGCUCGUCAAAUUUGACCUAAAAUAUGAGCUGAUUUUUCCCUAUGUUAUAUUAUCAAUUCAAAAAGAAACAACAACGAAGCCACAGUUUUUCUGCACUUUGACAGAAUCACUGACUUUAAAAUAAUCCCUGUCAUGUUACUCAUUGGCCAGUUUCCUUUUUGCAAAACUGCUUCAGGACAUUAAAGGGGUCAUAUGAUUCUGAUAAAAAGAACAUUAUUUUGUGAAUUUGGUGUAUGAAU